GACGCCAUCGCGUCUGGAAAGUGGGCAGGUCGCGCAGUCCCGCAAUCUGAGGAUACGAAACGGAGCGCUGCUCAAGGACAAACUGUCUUCUUCUCAUCAACCACCUGCCACGCGUCAUCGUGGACACAACACCGCAGAAUAUGCUCCAACUCCAGCUAUCAGAUGAGAGCCUGUCGGCAGAUGUCCUCUUCAAGAGGGUUCCGUCCGGCUACGCGUCGAGCGCGUCGAUCUUGCCUCCGACUCCACUACUUUCGUCUUCAUCAAGUCGGACCAAAUCAGCAGCUCCUAAACCACGAUGGGAUCUACUCUAUCCUGAUGAGCCUAUUUCCAUCAAGAUCGUACCUCAACGCUACCUCGCCCCCACCGAGACGUCCUGGAAUCACCGGAUAGGCUGGAUAUCAGUAAUAAACACGGCAGGCCAAAUCAUAUACGACCCAUUCGUGACAUAUCCCAAAGAGGACGGCUUAAAAAAGUACUUCUACAACAAACGCUACGAUGUCGUCAAAGAAGACCUACUAUUCAGCAACGGCGCACGUGACGGCAAAGAAGUCGAAAGGAAUUUGACGAAGCUUCUCGAUGGCCGAACAGUCGUUGUACACGGUGGCCAAAGCUAUUCAGAUUCUUUCUACUUCUACGAUGAAGCACUCGGAGACAGCCUCGUCUGGGAUACCCAAAAACUGUACUCUGACAUGCAAAACGAUGGGCAGCCUACUUUGUCAACAGUCUCACGCCUCGUACUUGGACGCAGCAUCCGCGGAGAAUGUGACGAUACACGAAGACCAGACCAGGACGCCACAACAGCAAUGGAGCUCUACCUCCUUCGAUUCCCUUACGACCGCGAAGCAAAGCGGAAAGGAUUCGAAGAAAGUGGAAUGAAUGCUCUCAUCAGUAAAAUAGCCUCCACGAAAAAACACAAACUGAAAAAAGCCAAGUCCUCUGCUCAUCUUCCUCUAAUACGACCCGACAGCGUCCCGGCAGUUCCCAAAAGACCAGAGACAAGCCAUGGCUCCUGUCGACCUUCAAGUGACCCGCCAGAAAAAGGAAUGAACGCCGCAGCACAGUUUGCUCUUCGACUGCAGCGGCGGCAUUUCGCUGAUUUGGGCGCACACGGGCAGGGACGGCGAGGUUCACAGCAGGACUCCUCAAUUCAUGGCACUGGAAGACUAUCAAUAAUGACAUGAGAGAUCGACAGAAGGAGGAAUUCGGGAAGAAAAGGUUACGCAGAGCUUACCCACUGCUUUGCUUUGCUCUACUUUGUUUUGAGAAACGAGAAUUCUAUUUGUGCCGAAGGCAGAGCGUGGCGCAGGAAACGAAGCUAAAUUGUGGCUGGACCACAAAUAUCACAAUUCUGUCGUGUCCGCAAGUAGCGGCCUAUUGUACGAUACGGACCAGAAGGAUCAUCAUGUGCCA